UAAAAUUCUUCACACGUAUAGACUGCGGGUUUAAACAUAUAUUUUUCAUAGAAAAGUUUACGAUUGCAAAAUGUAAAACAAAAACGUGAUUUAUGUAAACUAUGUCUUACAAGGAAUUCAAAUGUAAUGUGUUUUAAAUUUGAAGUGAAAGUGUGUCAGAGUGGAAAGUUGUUGAAACUACUACGUUUUAAAUGUUUGAAGUGUUAUUGUAUAUCUUGAGGUAAAUUCAGUGUUACCUUCCUGAAUGAAUGAACCUUUGACUAGAUUUUGUGCUUUACUAAGCUUGACAAACAAUGUCAUCAAAAGGAAAGUCAUCUAAAACAAGUGCUCGACCAACAAGUCCAGAGAGAGCGGACUCGAGCAUGUUCUACAGCGAUUCUGUCUCGACUAGUGGUGAACCCGUAUUUGCAUCAAACAUCGAUCGUUUUGAAAGUCUGGAAGCUGUCAGCAAGGCAAUAAAGCAUGAAGGUGUCGACAAUUGUGGCCUUAUAUUUGGUAUUGAUUAUACAUUAAGCAAUAAGUUACAAGGACAGACGACAUUUGGUGGUUACAGUCUCCACGAGAUUUCAAAAGACAUAGUUAAUCCCUACCAAGAGGUGAUAUGUACACUAGGAGAGACAUUAGAACCCCUGGACGAUGAUGGAAUCAUCCCAGCUUAUGGUUUUGGUGACAGGCGUGUCAAAGAUAAAGGGAUAUUCCCACUAAAGACUGAGGGGCUAUGUGACGGUUUUGCAGAGGUGUUAGAUGUUUAUAAUGAAGUCACACCAAAUAUUAAACUAGGUGGACCAACAAACUUUGCACCGAUCAUUGAAGAAGCUAUUGAUAUUGUGAAAAAAGAAAAACAGUAUCACAUUUUGGUAAUUGUGGCCGAUGGUCAGGUGACAAGCGAAGAGGAGACAGUAAAUGCUGUAGUAAAAGCUUCAAAUUAUCCUCUCUCAAUAGUAGUUAUAGGAGUUGGCGAUGGACCUUGGGAAGUCAUGCACGAUUUUGAUGACAAACUGCCUACAAGAAAAUUUGACAAUUUCCAGUUUGUAGAAUUUCAUAAAACGAAAGCGGAAGUGAGAAAUCCACAAGCGGCAAUUGCUUUGCAAGCUUUGAUGGAGAUUCCAGACCAGUACAAAGACAUAAAGAGACUUAAAUUACUAGACAAUUUGUAAACACCCUGCCAUAUUUAAUUGUACAGUAUGUUCAGCAUUUUUUAGAAAAUAUACAUUGUCGUGUUACAGAAGUUAUGGGUUACUCGGCAAAUUAUAUAAUUGUGGGUUUUUAGCUGUGUUAUAUAUUGUGAUAUGCACCACGAAAUUUGGUAUAGACAAAAGCAGUAGCCGCGGUCAAUAUUAUCGUUUUUGCUUGUGCCUGUAGAUUCAUACUGCACAACUAAAUAGUAAAUUCUGGUUUUAUUGUACACCGUAUAAGCAUACAAGAAUUAUGAAAAAAUUUUUAGGAACUACGCAAUAUCGACAUUCUGUAGUGUAUAGUAUCAUAAUUAUAUGAAUUUGAGGAUGGCCAGUUCGACUGGAUAUGUUAAGAAACCGUUUAUAAAAUUGCAGUUUUUUCAAUAUCAUAUAAAUGUGUCUUGUGAUAUGAGAAUCCAUUCUGGUCCACCAGAAAUCAUCUGUACAUAUAGGUAGUAAGGUACAGUUACCUGCCUCUAAAGGAAGUGUAUCCGGGAGAAAAGAGGUCCCACAUUUCAUGAUAGAUUUGUUUGAAAAUAGAUAACCAGAGCCUCUGAAAGUAACCAACUUUUAUAGAAGAGAAAGAGGUAAAACAAUUGCUGAAAAAUCAUGAUUUCUUUUGCAAAUGACUGUCUGCGGAUUUGUUUAAAGAGUGGACUUGACAACAAUACUCUAUUCAUUCUGACAGAUGUGAGAAGAAAAGAAGCAGGUCUACAUAUCACUUAAUAUGGAUUUUAGCGUUUCUCUCAGUUAGAUUUCUUAAGAGAAGAUAUUUGGAAGAACAUUGUGUUAAAGCAUUGCAUUCAUUUGAUGUAUUUGUACGUAACACUAUGGGAAAUUACUUUGGGGCCUGGUAUAGUUCAAACAAUAAUGUAUAUAUAUCAAGUAGAUAGUAGUAACAUAUUUUGGAUUAGAAAGGUUCAAUUACGGUUUCAUUAGAAAACAUUACGAUUCAAUUAUACAUGUUAGUAAAACCGGGGAAAGCCUUUCUCUCGAACACAGUAGCUAGAUAUUGCCGCUUACAUAUUUACUAUCAACUACCUUUACGAGCAGAAUUAUCGUGUUUUAUGAACACCUGGCUACCACUAGCCAUAACAUGGUCCGAUCAUUACCAAAAUACUUCAGUGUCAAUUUACAAAAGGUGUUACUUAUGCGUGUAUGAAAAUUAUCAAAUAUAUAUCUUUGUCUUCAUGUGUAAAUGUUGAGUUCUGCUCAUCCCGGGGCUAGAGGGCCUGGAUGGUAGCAUGCAUUUCUACUAUCAUCCAUGAACAGGCUCAAUCAAACCGAUCCUGCAACAUUUUCGUUUUUGUCGUGUUGAUCGACCUGUGGAGUUUUCACUUUUUCUGUAUUACAAUAGCAUGCUGUACCAUUGUUAUAAUUGUCUCAAAGUCUACUAAAUAUCUUGCCAUGAAAUUUGUA